AUGCAUCCUCCAAGAAUACCGAAAGGCAUCGACAUUGCCUUACUCCCGGGAGAUGGUAUCGGCCCGCAGCUCGCAGUCUACGCGAAGCAAACGCUGGAAGUUUUUCAACGAUACCGACCUCAUGUCUCUUUCAAUGUGACCGAGCUACCCUUCGGAGGCGCAGCUCUGGCGGCCGGUGAAUCAUCCGCCCUUCCUCUCUCCACACUCAACACAUGCCGACAGUCUGAUGCAGUCAUAUUAUGUGGGUGUGGCGAUACCAACUACGACCUCGAGCCGGAAAAGGCUUUACUUGCUCUCCGUAAAAACCUCGGAGUCCAUGUCAACGUCAGACCUGUCUCCUUCCCAAGCGACCACCUGGCUCAACACAGCGCCUACAAGUCCGAUAUCGUGCAGAAUCUUGAUAUAAUCUUCAUUCGUGAUUUGGCUGGUGGGAUAUACUACGGUCGGAAGAAGGAAGCGGACGAUGGUGGUGAAGCCUAUGAUACGACUGAAUACUCGCGGCAGCACAUCGAGCGCCUGGCGCGCUGGGCUGGGACAUAUGCUAUGGGAUUUGACCCACCAAAACGGGUACACUCUGUUGACAAAUUCAACGUCAUGGCGACAUCUCGGCUUUGGAGAUCUAUGGUGACAAGAAUUUUCGAGGCGGAAUUUCCUGCAGUUCCUCUUGAUCAUGUAUUGGUAGAUACCGCCGCGAUGAUCCUUGCCUCUGACCCGACAGCCUUGAAUGGUAUCAUCCUCACAGAGAAUAUGUUUGGCGACAUUCUUUCAGAUCAAGCUGGAGCUAUAUUGCGAUCACAAGAAUCUCUGGCAUCCGCCUCGAUAUCUGCUCUUCCCCGGCAAGAUACCCAGGGCUCUCCAGGAAUCUUUGAACCACUCAAUUUGAAGCCAAGACCCAAGCUCCAAAGUCCGUUGUGCAUUCUUGAGUCACUGAAAUUGAUGUUAGAUCUUUCUUUUGGGCUCGUGGCAGAAUCAGAGGCCAUCGCGCGUGCUGUUCGUCGGACUAUGGACCCUGUUGAGCUCAUUGGAUCUGAUGCUCGAACUGCCGAUUUUGGAGGAUCUACAGAUGUGACUCAAUUCAUGAGAUUCUUUCUAGAGCAUUUGGAGUUCUAUUUAGAGGCAAUAAAUUCAAUUGAAAUGGCAUCGCAACCUACGCAACACCGCUCGCCCCAUCGACAGACCGCUCCAAUUUACUACGCUCGAUAUCCAAUGAAUCUGAUAGAAAAGAUAAUGACGCAUGCCGGUGUUGGCUUGCAAAAGCCAAAUGUUCGAUCAGGUGAAAUGGUCUGCGUCAAAGUCGACUGGACGAUUACUUCUGAACUACUUUGGGCUGGAAUGGAGAAGACCUACGAUCUCAUGGGAAGGCCGCGCCCGUAUCGAAACGACCGCCUGUGGCUUGCUGUCGACCAUACUGUGGAUCCCAGGACCAAUGACCAGCCCAGACAACGAGGGCUUAUUGAGAAAGCUGAAAAGUUCAAAUAUGAGGCCAAAAUAAUUGACUUUUUACCUGCCAAUACCAGUAUCAUGCAUACCGAUUUCACUAGAGAACGGGCGCAGCCAGGCCGAAUUGUCGUUGGAAGUGACUCGCAUACAUGCUCUGCCGGAAGUAUGGGCUCCUUUGCAAUCGGGUUUGGUGCCGCCGACGUGGUGAUGCCAAUGGUGACGGGGGAAACCUGGUUUCGAGUUCCCGAGGUCUGUCGGAUCAACUUCGUCGGAACUUUGCCGUAUGGCGUUGGUGGAAAGGAUGUCAUCCUACAUCUGCUAGGUCUUUUCAAGCGCAAUACCAUUGCAUUUCAACGUGCUGUUGAAUACGGUGGACCGGGGAUUUCGGAGCUAUCAAUGGAUGCUCGGUUUGCCAUAGCCAACAUGACAACCGAGUUUGGAGGAAUGGGUGCAUGCUUUGAGGCCGAUAUGAUCACGGCGGCAUGGAUCUCCCACAGGGAAAAUUCAGAACACCGUGGUGGUGGCUUGUACUUCAAACCAGAUGACGGUGCCCAUUAUGCAGAACAGCGAACUGUUGACCUAUCGGAGGUCGGCUUGACAAUAGCUCUGUAUCCUGAUCCCGAUAAUGUGGUUCCUGUCACGACAAAGUCCGGCAUGAAUCUGGAUGGCUGCUUCAUCGGCGCGUGUACCACUACAGAAGAAGACUUGAUCUUGGCAGCUUUGGUACUAGAGGCAGGUCUGCGAAUGGGAAAGAUCCCCGUCUCAACAGGCAAAAGAAGAGUAACGCCAGGGAGCUUGAGGAUUAUCAAGAAUCUGGAAAGACAUGGUCUGUUGAACAUUUAUAAGCAGGCUGGUUUUAAUGUUGGUGCACCGGGAUGCUCAUACUGUGUCGGAAUCAACGACGUGGAUGUGGCUGGGGAGGGCGAGACCUGGCUUUCUUCACAGAACAGAAAUUUCCGCAAUAGAAUGGGCAAGGGGAGCUUUGGCAAUGUCACAUGUGCUGCUGUUGUGGCAGCAUCCAGUUUCACAAUGGAGGUCACAGAUGCAAGACCCUUUUUGCAAAUGAUUGAUGAAGGGAAAUUGCAAAAGCUUAUCGGUGACUGGAAGAAUGAGUUGAUGGUUGCGCCAGAGAUUCACGAGCCAAGUCCUGAGAUUGACCAAGGCAUUGCUCCAGCCAUGCUAGAGGACGCCGCCUUUGUCGAGAAAUCAACAGUAUGGGCCUCGAAUAUUGUGGAAUCAAAUAUUCAGUACUUUGCUGAGAAUGUCGACACGUGA